CGUCAGGUGGGCGACCCUGUACUGGCCGCACCGCUGGAUCUUCCUGAUGUAGUACUCCAUUGCAAACUGUGGGGAAAGGGGGGACGGCGUGGUGUUAGUAGAUGCACAGGUGAGAGGUUCGCUGUGUGGCGGAAUGGAGCGGUACGCACGUUUGACGCAAACUGGGGGGUGUGGUUGUUGAGGUUAAACUCGACCACGGAGAAGCAUUUGUCAAUUUUGCUGUCUGCCAGGUCUAGGUCGUGCUGGUCCAUCGGUGGCUCGAGCCGGUGGCUAUGUCGUGCAGGGGCCAGAGGGCACCUGCGAUAAGGUCUGUGUCUGGCACGGACACGUUCUGAAAAGGAGAAUUUCCGUGCUCUCGUGGCGCGUAUCGGUGUCGAGGCCUGCGGAGGGAGGGGGGUCUGGAUAUCGGUAUUACGUUCCUGUGUGUAUAGAAAAGUGUAGGCGUAGGCGUCGGCGUAGGCGUAGGGGGGCUACAUGACGGCGCAGCAGGAGUGCUCCGAGGUGCCUGCCGCCGCCCCAGGCGCCGUGGGCACCGUCGUGGCCGUCGCAGGCGCCCGCUGGCGGCUGGACACGCUCGUCUUCUCCGCCGUCGGCACAGACCGUCUGGACGCCGACCUCGCGUGCGUCGCCGUGAACGCAGGCACCGGCUCGUUUGCCCGUCUCACGCGGACGCCCGCCCCCGACUGCAGCAGCCUCACCGGGUUCUUCACCCGCCCCAGAGGCCCCGCCGCCGCCGCCGCCGCCGCCGCCGCCGGCUCCCUCACAAGCAGAUGGAACACCGGCGACGUCUCCACGUCAAGCGUGCCCAGACACCCGUUGGGGUCGAGCCGCUUGCCAAAGUGCAGAAGCUGGAUCUGCUCGACGCUCGCAGGCCGCUCCAGCGGCUCCGUGCUGCCCACAACCGUGUCCCACGCGUCAAACACGUACUCCCGCAGGUCGCCCACCUUGAACUGCCCCGCCUCGUCUGCACCGUACCCGUAGUCCCCGAGAACCCCGGCAUCCACCACCACCCGAUGUCUGCCGCCCGUCGGCGUCACGAGAAACAGCGCUGUGUCCACAAAUCCGUUCCCGCUCGACUGUCCCAUGGCUUUUUCUCUGUGUCGUCUCUUCUCCGUCUCUCCUCCGUCUCUUCUCCGUCUGUUCUCCGCCCCCUCUCCCUCCGCC